AUGACUCUGUCACACAGCCAUAAACACCUGGAUAUCGUCUAUCCUGCAGGAGUCAAGGAUAUUACACAUGAUUUAACCAAAGAUGAACUUAUUAAGAGACUCAAGGUAAAAAUUCAAUUCUUCCAAGAUAUGGAUCAGGAAGAAGAGAAAGACCCAUAUGAACCAUUAGCAAUGUAUAUUGCAAGUGAUUUCUUUUUACUUCAUGGUAGUAAAGAUGUUCGCCUCUUGGUGGCUUGCUGUGUUGCUGAUAUUUUUCGUAUAUUUGCUCCAGAAGCUCCAUAUAAAACUGCUGAAGAACUGAAGAAUAUUUUCCAGUUUUUAACAAAGCAGCUUCGUGGUUUGGACAAUAUUGAAGGUCCAUUUUGGAAGCGUUAUUUUUACCUGCUUGAGAAUUUAGCUAUGGUUAAAUCCUACAAUAUUUGUAUGGAAUUGGAAGAGUCAAAUGAAAUUUUUACUGAACUUUUUCGUGCUUUUUUUUCUGUUAUACAUGAUGGUCAUAGUCCUAAAGUAAGGAAUUUUAUGCUGGAUGUCAUGUGUCCAUUGAUAAUGGAGAAUGAUUCUGUAGCCCAGGAUCUAUUAGAUGCUAUUCUCAUUAAUUUAGUGGAACCAAACAAGAGUGAUAAUUGCCAUGCCUACAAUUUGUGUAUUGAUUUAAUCAAGAGAACUUCGACUGCAUUGGAACCAUUUUUACAAGGAUUUUUCAACAACAUGUUGAUUCUUGGGCGAACAUCUGAAAGUGAAGUAUCUGGACAUCUAUACGAAUUAAUCUAUGAACUUAAUUUGAUAUCUAACAACGUCUUGUUGUCUGUACUACCGCAAUUAGAAUUAAAAUUAAAGACAAAUGAUGAAACAGAGCGCCUUGCAGUGACAAAAUUACUAGCCAGGAUGUUUUCAGACAGAGAGUCUGACUUAGCUGUACAAAAUAAACCAUUAUGGAAUUGCUUCCUGGCCCGGUUUAAUGAUGUGAGUGUUCCGAUCCGAGUAGAGUGUGUCAAAUAUGCUCAGUAUUUUAUUUUAAAUCAUCAACAAUUGGUUACUGAUAUCACAGAUCGCUUAAAAGAACGUUUACAUGAUACAGAUGAAGGUGUUCGACAUGAAGCAGUGAAUGCUAUCGUUGCAGCAGCUAAAAAAGAUGUGACAGCUUGCAGUGAUGAAGUUCUACAAUUUGUUAAAGAGAGAAUGCUUGAUAAAAGGUGGAAAAUCCGUAAAGAAGCAACACUUGGAUUGGGUCACAUCUACAAGAAAGCUGUGAAUAACCCAGACCUGAGUAGGUCUGAUUUAAGGAGAAUAUCAUGGAUCAGAGAUAAAAUAUUACAUAUUUAUUAUCAGCAGUCAUUAGAAGACAGAUUGCUGGUGGAAAGAAUAUUUACUAUGACUUUAGUACCCUAUAAUCUUGACACUAAAGAAAGAAUGCUGAAAUUUUACCAGUUGUACUCAGCUAUAGAUGACCAUGCGGUUAAAGCUAUUAAUGAAAUGUUCAAGAAUCAGUGUUAUGUUAGAACCUUAGUACGAGAACUAGUGAUGCUAGUAAAAGAAGGCAAAGGUGGAGAUGAAACUAUGAAAACCAUUUCAUCCAAAGUCAUAGCCAUUGCCAGAUGCCUUCCAGAACCAUCCAAAGCCCAAGAUCAUAUUAAAAAAUUAGCAGAAUUACUUGGCGAGGAUAACCAGGUCCGCAUCCACUUGGAAACGAUUGUUGCACCUGAUUGUUCUUGUAAAAAAGCUGAACAAGCAGUGAAACAAAUAAUGAUGAAAAUAGGACAUCCCAAACAAACUAAUCCCUUCUAUGAGAGUGUUAAAACGUUACUGGAGCGAAUAGCACCACUGAUUAUUGACGUGCCUGCUGUCACUGCUUUAAUCAAAAUAGUGUGUGACCAGGUGGAUGGUGUAGGUGAAGAUUUUGAUGAUGCAAAUGAUGAAGACACAGUCCAGCAUAGAGGAAUGAAACUACUAUUGACGUUAUCUUACUCAUUUUACGGUGCCUUUAGAUCAGAAGAAACUUAUGGUCAUCUUAUAAGUUUACUGCGCAAGGAAGAUCACUUUACAUCAGACCUAUCACUGCAAGUUUUUACUCAUGCUGCAACUGGCAUUGAAGAUUCUUACCCACAAAUAGCAUCCUGUCUGAUGCCAGUAUUACAAAGUAAAGCUAAGACUGGAUCUGCACAGCAAGCUAAACAUGCAAUACACUGUAUCAAUGCAAUCAUCAUCAGGAAAAAAAGAACUAUAUUUGAACAAAUAUUUGAGAGUUUGAGGAAAGGCUUGACUACUGAUGCUGAGAAUCUACAGACAGCAAUGACGUCACUUGGUCACCUAGCUUUACUGAGUGGUCAACAAUUUGUAAUGUCAAUGAGAUCACUGGUAGCCAAGUUUAUUGUAAAAGAAGUGUUAAUGCAAGACAGGAAUGCACCUAUUAAAAACAAGAAACUAUGGUGUCAUGAUGACGAAGUGUCUGAGGAAUGCUAUGUAAAGAUUAGAGCAUUGAAAUUGCUAGUUCGGUGGCUGAUAGGCCUGAAGACGAAUGAUCAAGGUUCUGGGACUUCUACAAUACGAUUAUUGUCAACUAUGAUCAGAAAUGAGGGUGAUCUUAUGGAGAGGGGGAAAAUAAGGCCUGCAGAGAAAUCUAGACUGCGACUCGCUGCAGGAUGUGCUUUGUUGAAACUUGCACAAGAACCAUGCUAUGCAGAUAUUAUUUCACAAGAACAAUUUUAUUUAAUAGCAUUACUUGUAAAUGAUGAAUGUUAUGAAGUUCGUCAGAUGUUUGCCAUAAAACUCCACAAAGGCCUGCUAAGUCUCAGGUUACCACUGCAAUACCUCAGUAUCUUUGCUUUGUGUGCCAAAGAUCCCAUUCGUGAUAGGAAAACAUUUGCCAGACAAUGUCUUGUUAAAAAUAUAUCAUUUCGACGAGACUAUAUCAGACAACAUUCAGGUGCUAGCAGUCGAUUGACAUCAUUAUUACCAGAACACGUGAUUCCUUACUGUAUACAUCUAUUGGCACAUGAUCCAGAUCUCCAAUCUCACAAAGAUCUUAGUUCCUUGAGAGAUAUCAAAGAAUGUCUGUGGUUUAUGUUAGAACCUCUCAUGACUAGAAAUGAAAGUUUUAGCUUCUUGAAAAAGAUUGUUGAAACUGUAAAGCAGUCCAAAGAUGCCACAUCACCUAGUGAUAAAGAUGCUAACAAGAAAAUGUAUGCAGUAUGUGAUCUGACAUAUGGCUUAAUAAUGACAAAGAUUGGAAGUUUCGUAUUGAAGGAGCAUCCCACAGAACCUAAAUUACCUGCUAAAUUGUUUAUUAAGAUGGAUAAGAGAUCGCGUCCAAAUACUGAAAUUUUUCUUCCAAAACAGCUACAGUACAACCUAUUAGAUGCUAGUAAGAAAAAAUCUACUGAGAAAAUAUUUGAAACUCCAAACAAGCCAAAAAAGACAGAAAUUAAAGAAGUAAAAAAUUUGGCAGCCAAGAGGUCAGUGACUGAUAAAAGUGACAGCAAAAUCCAGGAAGAGAGCAAGAAGGAUGAAAACAAACAGAGAACUGCCAGCAAAGAUGGAAAACCAGAUAAGAGGGAAGAAAAAAGUAAAUCAGAGAAAAAACAGGAAAAAAAAAAAGUUUUAACACCACAAAAACAAGAAAGGACUUUAAGAACUGCAACUAAAGAACAAAAUGCAAGUAGAAGCAGUAAGCGAUUAAAAACAUCAGGGAAAGAUGAGCAUGUGGAACAGAAGAAAUUAAAAUCUCAGAACUUGGAUGACACAAGUAGGAAUGAAAAAUUGAGUACACCUCAAAAACAAAGACAGAAUAAACUUGUGAAAUUAUCUGAAACAAAAACUACUUCACCAUCCAAAGUUGUAAGGAAGAGGAAAAUUGAAAACUCCUCAGAUUCAAGUGAUUCACAGAGUCCUGCCAAAAAAUCCAAACUAAGUCCAGUUAGAACAACACGUUUAUCGGGUAAAAAUAAAGAAGAUGUGGCUCCAUCAUCAUCAUCAUCAUCUAAAUCCCCAAGGAAAGAGUUGUCAUCUAGGUCACCAAGGAAACAGUCAUUGAGACUCAAUAAAGAAGAUGUGGCUCCAUCUCCCUCCUCGUCUCCAAGGAAACAGUCUCCUAGAAAAGUGUCACCAAACAAAAAACAAGCUACUAAGAAGAAUGUGCGGAAUAUUAAACGAGCAGCACCAAUAACAGUGAAUGGCCAUGCACAGAGUGAUGGAGAAGAUAAUGAUGAGGAUGAUGAACAGAUACCAAGGCGUAGUAAUCGUAGAAUUGUAGCACUUGAAAAGGCAAUAGAAACAGUGGGCAAAACAAAGCCUACAUCCAAAGAAGAAAGUACAGUCCCAGUUUCAAGAAGAACAAAUCGUAAGAAGAGGUUGUGAUGAGUCAGUACUGAAUAUAUUUCAUACUCGCUGUACAGGUUGACUGCAACAUAAACUGGUUGCUGUAC